GCUGGAUGCACUCUCUCGCAGCCAGGGGUAGACGUGCAGAGGUUAUAUGCGAGUUAUUGACAAGCCGCCUUUCACCGUCAACACCGCGAGCCACCGGGAUAAAGCAGGGGUUCGAGUGGUUAGUAUGUGGGAUAUUAAAGCAAUAGCAAGAUGUUAGAGAUCAUGUACUCGUUAGUGUGUAAAGCCUGAAGCUUCAGUUAGUGAGAGUUGAAUUGUUAUUGAAGAGUGCGUAGCUGAAAUGAGUAAAUUACAUGAAGGGCUCUCGCUGUGUCCUAGCUAGGGGACUUGUAUACCGCGGUGUUCCCCGGUAACAGGAACACUAAGAGUAAUACUGUAGCAGGCGCUACAAUAGUGUGCGCGUGCUUCGAUACAAUGAUACACUGCUACAGAGGGCUUCGCCGUUAGACUCUGUCUCGCGAUAAGUCUUAGAUAAUUUUGCUGAACUGAAGAAGUUUGAUCGAAGUCUUUUAGAUAAGUUCCUCGUGCAUGCUUCCAUAGCGUGACCAAGGAGGGGAUUGUGGACGUACUCAGACUAGUGGAGAUCCUGUAUGCGGCUUACACCUUGAAUACAACACUUUAAAAAAGAAGAAUCUAAAACAUGGCCAAACCCGAGUCGAAGAAGAGCAGCACUUUGGCCUUUGUAGGCAAACCUGUGGCGGAGGAGCAGGUCACGAACGGUCCGGCCGAGCCGCCGGUAAGCGGAGCCGCGCACGAGCCGGGGGUCAAAGCCAAACCUGGCAAACGGAGCACCGAGAGCGAAGUGUUUGACGACGGAACCAACACUUUCUUCUGGAGAGCACACACCCUGACCGUGUUAUUUAUCCUGACCUGUGCUUUGGUUUAUGUGACUCUGCUGGAGGAGACUCCACAAGAUACAGCAUACAACACCAAGAGAGGGAUUGUGGCUAGCAUCCUGGUCUUCCUGUGUUUCGGAGUAACGCAGGCGAAAGAUGGCCCUUUCUCACGACCACAUCCAGCAUACUGGCGCUUCUGGCUCUGUGUCAGCGUUGUCUAUGAGCUGUUCCUCAUCUUCAUUCUUUUCCAAACGGUGCAGGACGGAAGGCUGUUUAUGAAGUACAUCGACCCGAAGUUGGGCGUUCCUCUGCCAGAGAGAGACUAUGGAGGAAAUUGUCUUAUCUAUGAUCCAGGAAACACCACUGACCCUUUCCACAACAUCUGGGACAAAAUGGAUGGCUUUGUUCCUGCCCAUUUUCUUGGUUGGUACAUUAAGACGCUGAUGAUCCGAGACUGGUGGAUGUGUAUGAUAAUCAGCGUGAUGUUUGAGUUUUUGGAGUACAGUCUGGAGCACCAGUUACCAAACUUCUCAGAGUGCUGGUGGGAUCAUUGGAUCAUGGACGUGCUUGUGUGUAACGGUUUAGGCAUAUACUGCGGCAUGAAGGCACUCAGUUGGCUUUCGAUGAAGCCGUACCAGUGGCAAGGCCUGUGGAACAUACCCACAUACAAGGGGAAGAUAAAGCGCAUCGCCUUCCAGUUCACUCCAUACAGCUGGGUGAAGUUCGAGUGGAGACCAGCGUCUAACCUGCGGCGGUGGCUGGCGGUGCUCGGCAUCAUCUUCAUGUUCCUGCUGGCGGAGCUGAACACGUUCUAUUUGAAGUUUGUCUUAUGGAUGCCACCUGAGCAUUACCUGGUGCUGCUGAGGCUCGUGUUCUUCGUUAACGUGGGCGGCGUUGCCAUGAGAGAAAUUUACGACUUCAUGGACGACCCAAAAUUCCACAAGAAGCUGGGCCAGCAGGCAUGGAUUGUGGCGGCCAUCACGGUAACAGAGUUUCUCAUCGUCGUGAAGUACGACCCCCACACCAUCAUGCUACCGAUCCCCUUCUUCAUCACGCAGUGCUGGAUCCUCGGCAUCGUCCUCAUCCUCACAUGGACACUGUGGCGCUUCUUUAUCCGCGACAUCACACUCCGUUACAAAGAGACCCGGCGGCGUAAGCAGGAGGGCUCAGCCGAGCGUGAGAGGCCCCCCGGCAACGGCAGCAAGACCCCUGUAACGUCCGGCCGCAGCAAACUGAACGGAAACACUGAUCCCCUACGACAUCGCAAGUCUUGAGGGAGGACACGGUGGAAGCUCGCUGCACAGCUGUGGCACACGCGCCAAGCGUCAAGCGUGGUGUGAUUUACACUGUGUAUGUAUGUCUGCCUGCCUUCCCCUGACUGUCUGAACCAUUCCAGCACUCACUCGCUGUUCAAACACACACACAGAGCAACAGUGAGUUCAUCUUAGAUGGCCAGGAGGAUCUCAGUGUGGUGAUGGUGAAGGUGAUGGCCACUGUUUGUUUUGGUUUUUUUGCAUGUUUUAUUGUUAAGCUGUAAGAUGCAGAGCAUGGCUACAUUCAAGAGUGUGUGUGUGUAGGAGUGUGCGUGUGAGUGUGUGUGUGUGUGAGAGAGAGAGAGAGAGAGAGAGAGAGAGAAAAGUGCAAGGACAUGUAUGGAAAAGAUGCUCUGUUCUUCCAGAUGCCUUACAUGCUCUAACAGAAUACAAAGGGGGUAUUAAGAAGCUGUACCUUUUCUUGCCACUGGGAUGGUGGUAACCUCAAGGGUACAACCUGUGUACCUUUUAACAUAAACCAUUAACCAGGAAAGGUGCGUGUUUAAAGUUACCUUUAAAUUAUCUUCUCUGGUCUUUAUUUUGUGCUUUAAUUUUUUUAACGUAAAAAGCUACGUACUACAGAAAAAAGACGUACUCUACUCUAGUUACAGGGAAGGUACAGUUUACCUUUGUGGGGUUUAUUAUUAUUAUUAUUUUAAUUUUAAUUUUUUUUCUUAGUCGAUUCUUACUGGAUGGACCAUUGACACGUGCUUGUGAAACGAGUGCUCCAGGGGCGUGGCUUGUUCCCUUUUGAACCGAGUUCUUUUUGCUGCUAUGCAAUAAGACACGAGAGUUAGCUCUCAUUACAGUUUGUUAGGCUUUAACUGUAAAGAUCCUGGAGGACUGCUGUUACACACCCACACGCACUCACACACACACACACACACACUAGCGUUGUUUUUCCUCUUUGUGUUAAACAGGGACUGAACGUACUCUCAGGAGACCUGCGGCUCUUAUUACGUUAUGUUUCUCAGGUAAUUUCCCGUCAGAGUAACAGCCAGAGUGAUGAGGAUGAGCAUAAAUUCCGCCGAUGCACACCCCAGCUCUCCUUAUCUCCUACACUACAUACAAACAUGCAUGCACAAGCAGAAAUGACCGUUAUGUCAGACUUAAUGGACCAAUCUUGCAGGGUUUUUCCCCCCUAACAUGGGACAUCAGUUUUUCAUGAUUGUUGCUACUCAAAUAACAGAACAAAUUCCGCUAGCCUCCUCCGCCUACUUUAAGACUGUAAGGUUCACCGUGCAUUUAGUUGAAACGUCGUCGUUUAGCAGCCGUGUUCAGUGUAAUUUUUAAUUGUGGAUGUGGAUGUUACAUAGAUAUAUUGAAUGGUAGGUAUGUGUGUGGGGUGGAGGGGGUGUGUGUAUGUUACAGUUCAUAUCUGUACUAACGUUCAGCAGAAAUGGACAGAACUGUCUCAUGUAAUGUAGAACAUGCUGCUACUGCUGUUAUAAUCCUACUAUGAAUGUAAACUUUACAUUUUUUUUUUUUUUAGUUAUUUGCUUAAUAUGGGUUGCCAGCUAUCUCAGAACAACCUCUAACUCCUCUAACCAUUUUGUCUGUUACGUUAGGUGUAAAUUCCUUCCUUCAUGUAAUUUAUUGGUUUAAAAUUAUUUCCUGAUCUUAAAAGUCUCUUUCUAGUCAGAUUUCCUUUUUAUUAAAAUUAAAGCCUAUUUUCUAACACCCCGCUGGACGAUAUGAGACGAAUAUCAUAUCACGGGUCGAAAGGAUAUUUCUACGAUAUGUGCCGUAUUAUGACACAUAGGUUCAUGAACAAUUUCCCAGCAGUACAGUAGUGGUGCUUUGUCUAGGACAAGACCUUUAUUUUUAUUUUAAUUGUAUUUUUCUUUAUAAAAAUUCAUAACAUUAAAAGCUGUACAAAAAAAUGUGUACUUUUAAGUAUAAAAUCAUGCAUUGUUUAUAUUAAACACAGUGUGACAGUUUCUCAUGAUACUGGUAUUAUAUCCUCAUAUCGUCCAGCACCGACUCCUACAGCUCUGCUCUGUCAGUAAUCUCUCAAAUGACCUGGUCACUCGGAAUAACCCCCCUCUGCAGCACCAGGGGUCAAGUCAAUGCCCACAUAGGCUUCAGGAGCAGAACUUGAUCUGAUGUUAUUUCAUAUACAAUGGCAGGCUACUGUUUGUGUUUUAGUCUCAGCAAUAAACAAAACUCCUGUUUAAACUUGGCAAGGUUGUAUGUUUAGUUCGUUACUUGCUAAUUUAGUACAAAUUGUGUCUUAAACUCGUGGAAUGUAAUCUAGAAGUCAUGUGAUCGUACGUUGAACAUGUCUCGUUCACUGUAAAUUAUUUAGCGUGCAAAUCACCAAGGAAAUGACUUCACACAAUUCUGUUCAUCACCCAGGGCAUUUAGAUUUCAGAUUCUGCUCCUUGUCGUCCUGAGGCUCUUCCCCUUUAGUCAGCAAGUGGCCACUUUUACCGAUGCAGGACGCAUGUGUCUAGCUUUAGAUGGGGGUUUAGUGACUGUUAGACAUAACACAAUUUUUUUUUUUUUCUGGUCUGCCUAUACAAUGGAUUUUAUUUUCUUCACUUUUUCUCAAAGCCUUGAAUCAUCUUGAAGCCUAUCCCCACUCUAACAUGAUGUCUGCAUGGUGGAUGUUAUUAUAGACUGAUAGUUUGUGUAGGUGUGUGUGUUUCUGGCUAUGGUGUUUCUUCAGGGCAAUAAGCCUCUCGACUCCUUUCUUCUACAGUGAGGUGUGUGAGAACAUCACGAACAAAGAACAUUACUGAGAGAGAACAUUAUACCAACUGUUUUAUAAAAAUGUAAAUAAAAAAUCUGUUUGUCUUUUGA